AUGACAACUCCUGAAGAUAUUGACGCUUUUUUCGAUGCCCUGGUUGACGGUGUUGGCUCUCACGAUGAGGAAACAGAGAAGAGAGGCGAUCAGCAGCAACAGCAAACAAGGAAUGGUCCGGACAACACUGGAGCUCAGGCAGCACCUGCUGAAGCAGCUGCUGUUACACAGCAUGCUGCUGCAGUAGGGGAUACGUCUCCAAGGCUGUCCGCGGCAAGCAAGGCAGCGCGUGCAGCAUCUGCGGCGGAAGCAGCACCAACAGCGGCAGCAACAGGAACAGCUCAGCAGCCAGUCUCCAGACCGCCCGACAGACCCCAGCAGCCGCAGCAGCCUUCGCAACAGCAGCAACUUCAGGGAGCUGCGUUUUCACGGGAGCCCCCAGAGCUGCGGCCUGAGCCUCCGUAUCGCUACGAUCCGUACUUGAGCACAGAAGAGGGACGGCAGCAGCAGGCGGCGGAUGCACAGAUGGAGACAGCCAACUUGUGUGCCUCUGUCUUCGCUGUCAGCCGGCUUAUAGAAAGCAAACUUAAAGAAAACGAGCACAUGUUGUUUGCAGUUCAUGAAAAUAUGACGGUUGGUCGCUACGGGGAAGCGCUUUGCUACUUUGAGCGCCUGCAGCAAAACCUUCUUUUUCUCGCAAUGCUGGCAGAUCAGCACCGUGGAGGCCCGACUGAAGGGUCCACUGAGGCCCAACAGCAAGCGUUCUACGCCAACAGGGACUUUUGGAGCCACGAGGAGCUGCAGCGCCUGCACCAUGCCCUGCGAACUCCAGGACAAGAUUUGCAACAGCUUGCCGCUGCAGUGGGCAGCAAGAACUCUGCGCAGAUUCUCUCCUACCUAUCACACGCAGCAGAUCGACAUAUGAUGCACCGAGCGGCUGCGGGGCCAGCUGUGGGAGCUGCUGCCACUGGUCUUGUUGCGCAGAGCGCUAGUUGUACUACAGCAGGUGGAACCACAGCGGCUACUUGUGCCACUCCUGGGCCUGUCCCCGCAGUUGGGACUCUAGCAGCAAAUGCUGCUGCGCGAACGGCACAGCCGGCACAGGAAGUGCGUAAGCAAGAUGGGAAACAUCAACAAACGCUGAAGCAGCAGCAGCAGCAGCAGAAUGCACAGCAGCAGCAACAACAAAUGCAGCAACAACUACAGCAGCAACAGCAGCAGCAAAUACAGCAGCAACAGCAACAACAAAUACAGCAGCAGCAACAGCAAUUACAGCAGCACCAACAACAGCAACAAAUACAGCAGCAGCAACAACAAAUACAGCAGCAGUUGCAGCAGCAGCAGCAUAUGCAGCCCCAACAUAUGCAGCACCAUUCACAGCAGCAAGUCCCGCAAGUAAUGCAUAUACGGGAGCAGCCAAGACUACAGCAGUUUCAGCAACAGCAGCAACCUGGUACAGUGACUGCAAGUGUUCGUGCCCUCCCAAUGGUUCAGCAGGGGACGCUUCUAGGGGCUCCCCUGCUGCUGCAGCAAGCCACACUGUCGGGGCAGCCGCUGCAGCAGCAACAGGCAGCAGCAGCCGCAGUGGCACAAAGCGAAUCAGUGGUACAAGGCUCUGGCCUCGCUCGCCCACUGCCUGUCCCUCAGCAGGAUUUGUUGCAACAACAUCUGCUGCAGCAGCAACAGCUACUGCAACAGUUGCCCAUGCAACCGCAACAGUUGUCCAUGCAGCCCCAACAGCUGCUCCAGCAGCCGCAGCAGCAGCAAGUGCCGCUGCAGCAGCUGCAGCCAUCGCAACAACUAGCUGGCCAGCAGCCUGCGCAUUUCCCAUUUCCACAGAAGAGGCCAUAG